AUGGCAUCCGAGACCCAUCACGAGAAGGUCCACCCUAUUCAACCUGUCCAUACUGCUUCUUCAAUGAACCCUCAACAAGGCCCUGAAGAGGCUCUAUACCUUCCCAAUGGCAACCUGUUCCUCGCCAAUGGUAUGGCCGUGGCCUCUGGUGGUCGCCUUCAGCCUGGUCUAUGGAGACCACUUGAGCACCGCAAGUUUGCCAACCCGGCACCUCUUGGCCUGAGCGCGUUCGCCUUGACGACCUUCGUCCUUUCUUGCAUCAAUAUGGAGGCCCGUGGAGUCACCGUCCCUGCCGUUGUCGUUCCUUUGGCUUUCGGCUAUGGUGGACUCGUCCAGCUCCUGGCUGGCAUGUGGGAGAUGGCUGUCGGUAACACAUUCGGUGCCACUGCACUGUCGUCAUAUGGCGGUUUCUGGAUCGCCUAUGGCCUCCUUCAGACACCCACCUGGGGCAUCACACAAGCGGAUGGUCCUUACAAUGGGGAGACGGCCAACCCCGUCGGCUUCUUCUUGACCGGCUGGUUCAUCUUCACCACCAUCAUGCUCCUCUGCACCCUUCGAUCCACCGUCGCCUUCUUCUCCCUCUUCUUCUUCCUUGACCUGGCCUUCCUCUGCCUCUCCGUCGAGAACUACGCCCACGACCUCGGCAACGCCGAGGCUGCGCUCGCCCUGAAGAAGGCCGGCGGCCUUUUUGGGUUCCUCGCUGCCUUCCUCGCUUGGUACAAUGCCUUGGCCGGUAUCCAGGACAGCAGCAACUCCUUCUUCACCGUCCCCGUUAUCCACUUCCCCUGGUCUGACAAGGGCAAGCAGCUUCGCGGCAAGAAGACUCAGCACACAGCUUAA